ACACCUCGGGAGCCUGGCAGCGCACGCAGCGGCUCCGCCAGGCGCAGCUGAGUGCCGCCUGCAAGAGGCACGGGCUCUGGCAGGCCAGCAGCCUCCCCUUGCCCAAGCCAGUAGCGCGGCAGCUGCUAGUGGAGCCCAACCACCGCUUGCUGUUCUGUGAGGUGCCUAAGGCGGGUUGUUCCAACUGGAGGAGGGUGCUGCUGCUGCUCUCCCUCAACCUGAGCCGCUGGGAUCCGGCCGAGGUGCAGUCGGACAAGCUGCACCGCACGCGCCUCCUACAGCGCCUCAGCUCCUUCCAGCGCCGCGACUGCGACCUCGUGCUGAACCACUAUACCCCUGUGCUGGUCACUCGGCACCCGCUGGAGCGCCUCGUCUCUGCCUACCGAGACAAAUUCCUGCACUCGGAGCCCUACUACUUGCACCUGGCCGCCAGCAUGCGCACCGCUAUCCGCGGGUCCAGUGCGUCCCGGGCCCAGCAGAACCAGCGCAACCUCACCUUCGCCGAGUUCGUGACUUUCGUUCUGAGGCAAUCGCCGGCCACGUUGGACGUGCACUGGAAGCCUAUUGAGCUACUAUGCUCUCCGUGCCGCGUGCGCUACACCGUGCUCAUCCGCCACGAGAGCCUAAGCUUGGAGGCGGCGCACGCGCUCAGCUUCCUGGGAAUCCGGGGCCCGGGACUCUUCCCCUCCAGCAAGGUGUACCAGAGCGAGAGUCGCACGGGCCCCCAGCUCACCCGCCACUACCUCCAGCAGCUCAGCCCCGAGCAGCUGAGUGGCCUCUACAGUCUCUACUUCCUAGAUUUCACUCUUUUUGGGUACCAUCCGCUGAACCCCUGA